GUUGCACCCACUCACAACCAUGAUACCUCCAUUGCUCUUUUGUGUCGUGCGAACCGCCAGAAUUCGCAUACUUAAGUCUGUGUGGGUGCUCAGCACCUCACCACACGAUACCUUCACGACUCUUGUAACGACGCGCUGCACGACGUCUGACUUGCUUUUCUACGAUUCUGAUACGAAACUAUACGAGCAGAUUACCCCUCUGACGCAGAGUAUACGAACGAGAUCUCUGAAUGAACUGACUGACAAGAUAUGGCAAAGUUGCUGAAGAAGCGCCCCGCGCUUAAGCAUCGGCGCAGUGAAAAGACCCCCGACGAAGAACGUCGUGCGAAUGGGCAUGCCUUUACAUCCAAUCCCGAGCCCUUGAAUGCCGCAGACGGCAUUCCAGAUGACGUUGUGGAGCCCGGCUUCAACCAGAAGAACUCUCGAACUCUCAAGUUUCCCGGAUGCCUUGGCCCCCUCAGGCGCUUGACGCGCCGCGGCCCCUGGGCCACAAAGUCGUCGAAGUUCGAUAAUUCACAAGUUAACGGCGACGCCGAGCAUGCUAACGGCAACGGAGGGUUGGUCGAUGGUGGUGAAGAUCAGAUCAACGCCGAUGCAGCGCACGCCCAGCAAGGAGCAGCCACGCCUCAAGAGCCCGUGAUUUCCUCUCAUCUCGUCGAAAGCCCUCAGCAAAUGGCCGUCGUGGAGGAGGUCGAGAUGCAAAGGCAGCUCGACGUAGCAAACAACGGAGAACCCGCAUUUGGAGCGGCUCAAUGGGAGGCCUUGCUCUCACAGUCGUCUGGAAUCAAUGGUGGGCCGCCUGAAGCGGAGGCACCAGAACACGCUACUGCUGCGGCGACACCUGCAGGGCCUAUCGCGGCCGGGUCUGCGAAUGGAGUUGGUGCAGCAUCCCCUUCGGUCCGCUCUCCAAACCCGAAGCCUGCUUCUGGAGCUCCCGCGCCCGAUACGCGUGCCUCGGAAGGCGCUGAAGGAGACCCGCCUGCGCGCCAGUUCGCCAGGAAUGCCAUCGUCAGAACUUGCUAUGGCGACCCCACAUAUGGCGAAGACAAUGUCCACAUCGCGGUCCACCUCGGAACCGAAGACCUCGACGACUACGUCGACCGCUUUGGUCGCACAGACCAGCCUCUCGCGGUCGCCAUCCCCAAAUUCCAUCGUCUUUGCGAGAAAUACGAUGACAGCCUCACCUCGCUCACGGUCACCGUCGAGAAACCCAUCGAUGGGUACGACGACGCGGCCGUGGCGCUCGUCAAGAACGCCAUUCAGUGCGGCCACCUGCGGAACUGCCGCAGCAUCGCGAUUGAGUAUCGCGGAGAGGGCGCGCCGGCCUACAAGGGUGCGCCCCCUUUGCCAGCGAGGUCGGACGCUCUCCCGCAUUUCGAGCGGCUCGAAAUAGGAGGCCACUGCACGGCGCAGGUUUUCUCUUUCUUCCUUCUCAUACUCCCGCGCGUCCGCGACCUCGAUAUCCGCAUGAGGAUAACCGAGAUGGACGUCGUGACACUGGCGAAAUAUUGCGGGGAGCUGGACUACCUCAAUGUGGAGGACAUCGCGGACCUCACCGCAGAUGGACAAGUCCUGAAGGACUACGUCCCCGAUCCUCCGCACGGGAUUGGUUCUCCCAAGAAGAGGGUUGAGUGCAAGGAGGUGUACAUCACGACAUGUCUCCGGUUGGAGACCUUCUUCUACCGGGUACGCCCCACUGAUACGCUCUAUCUGUGGCUUCGAGGGGGUAUCCCAGUGAGGCAUCCGGGAUUACGCAAGGAUACUUUGCGAGUUUAUCGGUACGAGAAGGUGUGCGAGGGCGCCUAA